AAGGCUCCCAGAUGAUUCCGUUUUGGGCUCUCGGAUUUGUUUGUUUAAUUAUUGGCUUCAGCACUGCUCAUGAGCCUGCAGCUGGAGCAAAUGCAGCCUCCAAAAACCACUGUUCCCGAAAAGAUUGCAAUGGAAUACAAUAUGACAUCCAAGAGGCUGCUUGCUGUGAAAACAAACUUCAUCCAGGUUCAAACCUGUUUUGUUGUGGAAAGGAGCCUUACAAUCCUGGUACAGCCACUUGUUGUAAAGUUCAACAUGGAAAGAUCCUCGCAGCCAGUGUUACUCAGGGUCUGAGUGAAAAUGUGUCCAAGUGCUGUGACCUGAAGGCCUACAACCCAGUCAAUGAAAUAUGUUGUCAAUCAACCAUCAUAUCAAAACCUGGACCAAUGGCUGAAUGCUGUGUUAAAAAUGUUUUUGAUAAGGACAAGCAGUUGUGUUGUGGUCCAGCUGAUAAUAAGACAAUUCUGGUGAGGAAUUCCCGUCACCAUGAGUGCUGUGGUCACAGCCAGUACGACACUGAGACUCAGUGCUGCUGUUCAAAUGAGGAGAAGUUGGAGAUACAAUCGAAGGAUUCAUCCUGCUGUGUCAAGAAUUUCACUCCAGGUAUGGAACAGAAGAUAUUCAAGCUCCAACCCAAAUGCACUGAACCAAACACACAUCUCUGUGGGUCGUCGUGUUACAAUCCAAAGCAAAAUCGCUGCUGUGAGAGUAACCACGAGCCUCACUCACUUGACAACUCAGGUCAAAGGAAGGCCACAGCCACCGUGUAUAACCCACAUACUCAGGUCUGCUGUGAUGGACGUGUAUCUCCGUGGAAGCCUUGGAUCGAUCAGUGCUGUGGAGAGACGCCGUAUGGCUCGGCACAACGUGGAGUUCUCUGUUGUAAUAAGACCUUGUACGAGGACAGAGAUGAUGGAGAGGAAUGUUCAGAGAUGGGUAUUCCUUACAACCCAGCUAAAGGGACUAUAUGUUGUUCUCAAUUUCAUGGCAGCCCAGGACAACACUGCUGUGGGACAGAAAUUUACCGGCCUUGUACUGAGAUCUGCUGCAAUGGACACAGACAUCUGAAAUCAGAAAACAUUCACUGCUGUGGGGUCAAAGCCUACAACAUUAAAGACCCACAGAUGAAGUGCUGUGCAGGAACACUGUACAAUCUGACAUCAUUAGACAAGCAUGGAGGGGAUGCGCAGUGCUGCGGAUCCAUUCUGCAAAAGCCACAGGACAUUUGCUGCUCAAGUGAGGACAAAGAGGUGCUGUACUCUGCCAAGACAGGGUUUAGAUGCUGUGGCCACUUCUACUGUAACACCACCCUGUGGUCAUGCUGUGCUGGGAGGCUGAGAUCAAUCCAUGAAGCAGGACAGGAUCAGAGAAAGAUGAUAAAAGAAUCCAGACUUCUAUCUGUGAAUAAUUUGAAUAAAGCUAAUCUUUGCAAAGUGUACAUUGGGGCUGUGGAAAGUGUCUCUCUGCAGAGCGUUGUGUUCAGGAAUGUUUUGAAGGUCUAUGGGAUGGAGGCCAAAGUGAAAGCUCUGCCUUUGCCCUACGUCCUGGAAACAAAUGAUCGCUGUAGCUAUCCUAAACUGAUUCCUGGGAAGACCUACUUCUUUAACAAAGACAAUAUUUUCACUGGUUUCAUCAAUGAUUCUUUUCUUCAGUCACUCCAUUUCAUUAUUUCCGAGUGUUCACCUAGGAUCACCACUCACCGAAAAUCAACAAAUAUGCAUUUUGCAUACUGAGCACUUACACUAAAGCUGAGUGUAUGCUGACACCAGCCCAGCAGCUAGACCCUGAACUUCAAAACGUAACAAAGGCAAUGAUGAACAGUUAGGCUGGUAGGCUGGCAGUUAGGCUCAGUUACACUGAGAGCUCUCAAUGUAAAUCUAUCAAACCAGUGAACUUUCUUUUUAAGCAUUCUGCUUUUUAAGCAGCCUUUACUUUAUGCACCACAGUUAUUCUGUGGUGCAUAAAGUAGAUCUUUGAAGCAAUACUGAUGCAAUAGAGUUGAGCGGGGAGUCAAUCUUUCAUUACGUGAAUUUAUAGAUGAAAACUACAUCUGUAAAAUGAAAAUGAAACCAGCUUCAUCUCAAAGAAUAAAUGAAUUAACUUCCUAUUGUGUUCACUAUCUUUAGAAACUAUCUUCCAUAUUUAUUACUGAUUGUAGUCACUUCAUGAUAUAACCACACUUUGACUAGUUGACACAGAAGAUAAAGUCUUAAAACAGAUGUUAACUUUUCCCAAGACCAGACAUUGGCUAUAUCAUAUGACUCAUUACUCAUUAAGUUAGGACAUUAUAAAGCAUAACUAUUAAAGGUGGCACUAAAAGUCAAAAGAUAGCCAUAAACAGGAGGAUAUAGCUGAUCAGUAUAUUUAUGUGUAAAAUUUAUAUGUAAAAUGGUCAAUUUAAUAGUAGCUCAGCCAGUCCACUCUGAUCUAAAGUGGUGAACUGGCUACUGAAAGACCAGCACAACUCUUAGUUACUUAUAGCUUGAUCCUGCAUAGAUAGCUUCAGACUAAUUUGGCCUACGUCUGGCCCCUAAACUGUACCUAGUUUUAUUCCAAGUGCACUGGGAGUUGCUGUAACAGGUGUGGUGAUUAGAUACCUGGCCUGCAAGUAUGCUCAGGCCCCAGUUUUUGCCACAGUAGGUGGACAUUCUUGGAGAGAGAGGUAGGACCAGGCGAGUCCUUUCAUUCACUAGCUCAAUCUGAACUCGGGAUCGCCUGCUCUGUAAUAGUCGUAGGAUCAGAGAUUAGGGCUUUUUAAACAGAGAGCCGAUUCACACUUCCCCUAUUGGGGUGCGUCCUGACAAUCCACAAGAUGAUCUCCUAUGGCAACCACUUAAACAAAGAGGAUAAACAACUACUUUUAGUAUUUUAGUUAGAAAUGCAUGAAAAUGCAAAUUCAUUUUUAAUGUUUUUGAAAUGCAGUUUUCUGGAUAUUUUUGUUAUUGUUAUUACUCUCUCUGUUUAAAUAAACCUACCAUUGAAAUGAUA